GUCUCUCACUACCCAACUCUCGCAUCACUCCACUCACCUCUCCGAUUCCCCAAGUCCCCACCGGCCGUUGCCGGCGAGUCAAACAUGGCGGCCAGCUCCCUCCGAGUCGCCGCCGCCCAGAUGACCUCCAUCAACGACCUCUCCGCCAACUUCGCCACCUGCUCCCGCCUCGUCAAAGAGGCAGCUGCUAGUGGAGCAAAGCUGAUUUGCUUCCCUGAAAGCUUCUCCUUUAUAGGUGCUAAAGAUGGGGAUAGUCUCAGAAUAGCUGAGCCUUUGGAGGGUCCACUGAUGAAACAGUACUGCUCUCUUGCAAGAGAAUCUGGAAUUUGGUUGUCACUUGGAGGGUUUCAGGAGAAGGGGUCUGAUGAUGAGCAUUUGUUUAACACUCAUGUUGUAGUUGAUGAUGGUGGGAACAUCAGAAGUACUUACAGGAAGAUUCACUUGUUUGAUGUGGAUACGCCUGGUGGGAGGUCAUACAAGGAAAGUAGCUUUACAGAAGCAGGGAAGAAAAUUGUUGCUGUAGAUAGCCCCGUAGGACGUUUGGGUUUGACAGUUUGCUAUGACCUGAGAUUUCCAGAGAUUUACCAGCUGCUCAGGUCCCAACAAGAGGCACAGAUUCUGUUAGUACCUUCAGCCUUUACCAAAGUAACUGGUCAGGCACAUUGGGAGAUUCUUCUUCGUGCUCGUGCAAUUGAGACUCAAUGUUAUGUAAUAGCUUCUGCACAAGCCGGAAAACAUAACGAUAAAAGAGAAAGCCAUGGCGAAACUUUAAUUAUUGAUCCAUGGGGAACAGUUGUUGGCCGAUUGCCUGAUACUCUGUCGACGGGGAUUACUAUAGCUGAUAUUGAUUUCUCCUUGAUCGAUUCAGUGAGAGCAAAGAUGCCAAUUGCGAAGCAUCAGAAACCUGUUGGAUUCUGGAAAUCUGCAUCUUUAUGAUUUACCAACUAUACAUGUUGCAGAAAAAGAGAAGAAACUUAUGUUGCACAUGUAAAUGAAGAAUAAUUCCGGAAGUUGAUGAUCAUUUCACCAACUAUACAUGCUUGUACUUAACAAAUUAUGUAUUCUAUUGAUCAUUUAGAAUUUAGUAGGAC